AUGCUCCAGAAGGUUCUACUACGACCCAUGACCAGCGUUCCAUGCGUCGUCCUCCACUAUCGCAGUGAAGGGUUCAUAUCAAGCAAACAGCACCAGGCCACGGGUAACGUUGAGCCCGACCCAAGCCUUACGCAAAAGAACCCUCCCUCGAGUGCUUGUACAGCACACGAUUCCACCAUUUCGUACCGAUUCCCAUCGUCGUCUGGGAGUCCGUCCCCUCCCCCCAUCGUACCAUCGUCGCCCGAUCUGGCGCAUCAAAACCAACCCGGGUCCUCCAACCCCUACCUCGCCCUCCCACCGCCUGAAGACGAGAUCCCCGACCUCGACGAACUGCCCUCCGAACAACCACCCUCGCCUCCACCUCACACGCCUGCCCCUACCAUGUCAGGGCAUCACCGCAUCACCCUCGCCGCCAAUCCCCCCUACUUCGAUGGCGACAAGUCCAAAUACCUGGGCUUUGUGGACGCGUGCACCACUUACAUCGGUGCCUAUCGAUCGGAGUUCUCACAAGAUGAGACCAAAAUCCUCUUUGUCCUCUCCUACCUCCGUAACAAGAACGGCACGAGCUGCGCGGCCUCGAGAUGGGCGAUGAACUGGAAGCAGCACAACUUCGAUGGCUUCCAGGGACUGAAGCCAGGAGUCACAUCAAAGAACUUCCUGGAGGAGCUUCAGAGGGCGUUCGGGGACUCCAAUGCGGAACAAGUCGCCACUGCUCGGCUUAUGGCCCUGCGUCAAAACAAACGGUCCUUUGCGGACUACAUCUCCGACUUUGAGAUGUUGGCCGCGGAGGCAUGCUACAAUGUGGUUGACACCACCGACGACAAAGGCGAAUACAAGAAGGGGGACCAGGAUAAUAUCCUCAUCGAGUUCCUGGAGCGCGGACUCAGCAGCGAGAUCGCCAGCCGUCUCUACAACACCGGUGUCCCUCUGCCCAAGGCCUAUGGAGCGUUCAAAGCCUGGUGCAUCAACAUCAAAGCCAAUGCUCUGCGUGACCAGCUGCGCAAAGCGUCGUAUGGGCACCCCACACAACGACCACCUCCCCAGUUCCGUCCCCAAACGGCACCAGUGGCGCCCACACCCGCUCCGGCCCGACCCGCUGCCAACGAACCAGUUCCGAUGGAAAUCGAUCGUACCCACGCCCGCGGCCGCAAUAUCAUCUGCUACAACUGUCAGCAGCCCGGGCACAUUGCGCGGAACUGCCCGGAGCCCAAGAAGAAGCGCACGUUCUUCAAUCGGGCCACAAUGCUGGAAGAAAUCGAGAACGGGGACAAGGACAACGAGUUCCUGAAGGAGAUUGCUGAGAAGCUGCGCGAGAAGGGUUUUUGA